AUGGAGAAUAAAACAGUUACUGCUUUCAGCCACCAGGUGAAAGAUGUUUGCGUCACAGCUGAGGCACACCCACAACGUCGCCUCACUACCUCAACAAAACCCAGCACUUAUGGCUGUGCACUCUUCGUCGUCGUCGUGUUGACGAUUUUGGCGCAAUUUCCACAGCACACCUCUGCCGCCGCUUUGCGGCAGCAAGUGCGCGCUGUUUCGGAGUCGUUCGAAUCCGCGGAGGAUACUUGGGAACUGUUGCACCAACUCGCACGUUUCAUACAUCGCGAGCAUAAAACAGACGAUAUUGGCGACGAACAUGUAGAACGACGUGUCUAUAAGCGGCACAAUACCGACAGCUCUUUGGAUAAGCAUAAUGACGAGCCUGCGUGGCACAAUGUUUGCGGACGUGAUAACGGCUGGAGUGGUGAUGAGCUGGCUGAGAAUUUGAGUCAGGAUUAUAUUAAAUUGUACAUGAAAAAUCUACGCGAAACCGUACGUCUGGAAUACAAAAGCCUUAGAAACAGCGCUUUACAUGGCAUCGAUAUUGACGACAUGCGCGCCUGGCGCCGACACGAAAGGAAAUAUAAAUUCUUACCAACAUUGGAGCGUAAUGCAACGAUUGCUCCCGUUUGCUGGCAUCGCAGCCUACAAAUAUUCAUCGCUUCCUUUGACUAUCUACAUGAAAUACAACAAAAAUGGGACCAACAAUACCUACGUACGCAAGGUGUCAUCACACGCGAGCUGCAGGAAUUGUUGCAGAGCGCUAAGCGUAUACUUUGCGAAAUCGAGACCGACAUAAAUGGCUGCUUUCCACGCCGUGAACGACAUGUGGUCAGCAUUCCACGCGCCGAAAUGUUUGCACAAAUCAAUUUCUACACAAAGACAAAUGUUGCCGAGCAACAUGGUGUCCAUCAUACAGAUUUGCGGUUUGUUAAAUUUUUCUAUCAAAAUUAUUUGCUACGAAUUUGGAAAACGCUACCGCGCCACCCUCGGCACAUUGAAAUGUCAUAUACAUGCAAGACCAACACUCACCCGACCAUACUCGAUAAAAGUUUGGAAAAGGACGCGUCCAUUUUGAAUGCUGAUGAUGGCGAUGACUCUGCGGAAGAAGAGAGCGAAAUUUAA